CCGAAUCUACAAACCACCAACAUUCUUCAUUACAUCAAUUGGUGUUUCUGCUAUGGCUCCUUUUUCUAACUCAUGCAUUGUGUCAUUAGUGAUCAUACUAAUGGUUUUAAAGUUGCAGAUGUUCAUUAUCAGAGCUGCGCCUCAAGUCCCUUGCUACUUUAUUUUCGGAGACUCGCUCGUGGAUAAUGGCAACAACAAUAAUCUCAUAACUCAGGCCAAAGUGAACUACCCUCCCUACGGAGUCGAUUUUGUCAACCAAACUGCAACUGGAAGAUUCUGUAAUGGUGAAAACACUGCGGAUAUCAUCGGCAGGUAUCUGGGUUUUGCUAAUUACACUCCACCGUACGCAACUGCAAGAGGCCCGGAAAUUCUGCAGGGGGUGAAUUAUGGAUCAGGAGGAUCUGGAAUUCGCGAUGAAUCCGGACAAAACCUGGGAGACCGGUUUAGCUUUAACGAACAAUUACUGAAUCACGGAAUUACAGUUUUCCAAAUAGGGGUUUUACAGGGAAACGCAAGUUUUACGAAGGAGUACCUGAGUAAGUGCAUUUAUACAGUUGGGAUGGGAAGUAACGAUUACAUAAACAACUAUUACAUGCCCCAGAAGUACCUUACAAGCAGGACGUACACACCAGAACAAUAUGCAGAUGUUCUCAUCAAACAAUACACAAAACAACUGAGGAUUUUAUACAAUCAAGGAGGUAGAAAAGUGGCUGUUUUUGGACUUGGCCUAAUAGGUUGUGCACCGGAAAUUGUCAUAAAAUUUGGCGCGGAUGCAUCAGGAUGCGUCGAUAGUGUUAAUGCUGCAGUUGCACUAUUCAACGACCGACUUAAGCCACUUGUUGAUGACUUCAACAGCAAUCUACCUGCUGCAAAAUUCAUCUAUAUUAACAUCACUAAUAUAAAUUCUGGAGAUCCUACUCUUGCUGGCUUCAGUGUCUUCACUCCAUGUUGCAUAGCCUCAGUAGAUAUCGGGAAGGGACAGUGUGAACCAAACCUUCCUCCGUGCACCAACAGGAGAGUCUAUAUUUUCUGGGAUAACUUUCAUCCUACAGAAGCCGUGAAUAACAUCACUGCGACGAGAUCUUACAUGGCUGCCUCUCCGAUGGACUCCUACCCAAUGGAUAUCCGCAGCUUGGCUCAGCGUUGAGUAAUUUCUAAAUGUAUAAGAACUGAUAAAAAUGAACUGUGUCAGUUAUAAAUCGUCACUUUACUUAAUAAUAAGCUUUUCACAAACA